ACUUGAGGAAGUCAAGUGUCUAGUAGUUGUGUUGCGGUCAGGAUCAUUUUGUCUCAUCUUCCGCUCCUGUCAGGAUCUUUCCAGUGGUCCCCAGCAUGAACUAUUACUAAUGGACAGAAAUCUUAAACAUUUGUCAUGAUCACCAUGGAAAAGUGCUGCUGGGAACCAUACUGUACUGUACAAAGGGGAUGAGAGAGUCAGGAAUGUGUCUCUCCAACUGGAUGGGAGUGUUAUUGAUAUCAAAUCUACAGAGAGGAGAAGUAAAGAGAAUAAUGUAUGUUGGAAAGAGCAUUAGGACAACAAUAUUUUAAAUUAAUAUGUGGAAUAUUGACAAUAUUUGAGAAUGUCACAGAAUUUAUCUUAUCUUUAUUUAUUGUAAUUCUUUGCUUUUGAGCACUUAGCAGUGUUCAUAUCCAUAUCAGACAAUAAGUUAGGGAUCCACUGGAAUGUCUCAUUUUCAUGAGCUUUAAAGAAAUCUGUCUUUCCUUUUGGCUUGCUAAAUAAUUCAGCCAUGUAAGGGUUAACUUUGUUCAGGACAGAGUACCAAGAAGGGAGGAGCUUCUCAUUAUUUCACUGAAACGAAAGCGAUUCUGAACUCAGGAAAAACAAACGACUUAGCUUUGUUUGAUAGAUUUUCGGUAAUUUCAUACACACAAAUCCAAGUACCAACUGAAAUGGCUUCCUGCAGCAGUCUCCUGUCUGAAGAUCAGUUCCUGUGCUCUAUCUGUCUGGAUGUGUUCACUGAUCCUGUCACUAUUCCAUGUGGACACAACUGCUGCAAGGCCUGUAUCACCAAGUACUGGGACAACAGUGACCUGUGCCAAUGUCCAAUGUGUAAAAUGACUUUUGAUAAGAGACCAGAUCUCUAUGUCAACACUUUCAUCUCUGAGAUGGCUGCUCAGUUCAGGAAGUCAGAGCCACUGAAGGCUACCAUCAGUCCAGACCUGCGUCUUCCUAAACCUGAAGUGUCAUGUGACAUCUGUACAGGUAGUAAGCUCAAGGCCCUGAAGUCCUGUCUCGUGUGUCUGGCCUCUUACUGUGAGACCCACCUGGAGCCUCAUCAGAGAGUUGCAGCCUUUAAGAAACACAAGUUGAUUGAGCCUGUGAAGAACCUGGAGGACAGGAUGUGUCAGAAGCAUGAGAGACCCCUGGAGCUGUUCUGUAGGACUGACCAGAUGUGUGUGUGUCUCAUGUGCAUGACAACAGACCACAAGACCCAUGGUUUUAUGACUUUAGAAGAGGUUUUUCAACAGAGGAAGGUUAAGCUGGGACAGAUGAUGGCUGAAAUAAAGCUAAUGAUGGAAGAAAGAUCUAGUAAGGUCAAAGAGAUCACAUUGUCAGUAGAGAUCAGCAAGAGAGAUGCAGAGAGAGAGAAAUCAGACAGUGUUCAGGUCUUCACUGCUCUGGUGCGCUCCAUUGAGAGAAGCCAGGCUGAGCUCAUUGAGGUGAUUGAGGAGAAGCAGAAAGCAGCAGAGAAACAGGCUGAAGGGUUUAUUAAAGAUCUGGAUGUGGAGAUCACCGAGCUGAAGAGGAGAAGCACUGAGCUGGAGCAGCUCUCACACACUGAGGACCACCUCCACCUGCUCCAGAGCUUCCCAUCCCUGAGCACCCCUCCCCACACCAAGGACUGGUCUGAGAUCAGUGUCCACAGUGGUCUGAGUGUGGGGGCAGUGAGGAGAGCUGUGUCUCAGCUGGAGGAGACACUCAAUAAAGAGAUGGAGAAGCUGUCUGACACUGAACUGAAGAGGAUUCAGCAGCAUGCAGUGGAUGUGACUCUGGACCCUGAUACAGCACAUAUCCGUCUCAUCCUGUCUGAGGAUGGGAAACAAGUGAGACAUGGAAAUGCAUGGACAGACCAUCCUGACAACCCAGAGAGGUUUAGUCGUUGUGUUAAUGUCCUGGGAAAGCAGGGUUUUUCCUCAGGGAGGUUCUACUAUGAGGUGCAGGUUGAGGGGAAGACCAAGUGGACAAUGGGAGUGGUCAGAGAGUCAAUCAACAGGAAGGGGAAGAUCACAGUGACUCCUGAGAAUGGAUACUGGGCUGUGUGUCUGAGAAAUGGAGAUCAGUACAAGGCUCGGGCUAAUCCUGAUGUCCUCUUCUCCCUGAGACAGAAGCCCCAGAAGGUGGGGGUGUUUGUUGACUAUGAGGAGGGUCUGGUCUCCUUUUAUGAUGUGGAGGCCAGGUCUCAUAUCUACUCUUUCACUGGCUGCAGCUUCACUGAGAAACUCUAUCCCCUUUUCUGUCCCUGUGUGAAUGAUGGAGGUGACAACUCUUCUCCUCUGAUCAUCACUCCUGUCAAUGACUGAACAGACUUAGAAUUAAUGACACUCUGAUUAUUAAACAUAAAUCUAGAAUUAAAGAACAAAUAACAUUUCAAUCAGAAGGAACAAGUGAAUGAGUAAAGUGAUUGUUUAUUGUACAAAGGAUAAGAUAUGUUUCAGACUGACAUACUGUUUGGUGCUUAGACCGUAUGGGGAGAUCAGGUGAUCAAUGGUUGUUUGCAGCAUGAAGAGAGAUCCCCCAUGGAGUCCAGACACUGGUGGUGGGGGCUGACGACCCAGACAGACAAAAAGCAGAGGAGGCAGACAGGAGACGAAGCCAAGAAGACCGGGUGGUGACGGGGAGGUGGAGGGGCGCUCACAAUGAUAGCAUGGACGAACGAAGGCAGGGAGAGAAACAUAUUUAAAGGCUCGGCAGCAGUAUGAUAGGCUAGAGAAGAAGGCUUGUCACUGAGCUAUUGGAGAGAAGUGAGCGGCUGAUGGAACAGCUGAAACCCUGGUGACAGCCCAGGCUUUGAGGUAGAGGAAAAGGAGAGAGCACCUAUAGUGGGGGAGUGUGUAGAGGGACAGAAUGGUCUUACUGACUGAACUUGUGCUAAGCUACAUUAUUCCAAUGAAUAUGUGUAAUGGGAGUCAGGUGGCUGAGUGGGUAGAGCAUCGGGCUAGUAAUCUGAAGGUUGCCAGUUCGAUUCCCAGUAAGACAUGACGUUGUGUCCUUG